UGGACCUUUCCUUCUCCGACCUCACAUCAACAUUUUCUCUCCAUUUUCUCUUUCUCUUUCAUCCCAUUUUCUUUUCUUUUCUUUUCUUUUCCCGGAAUCUGAAAAUUUUCCUAGAAAAUCCACUGUCUGCUCUCAAAGACAGAUCCGGAAGUCGCUGAUGCCAAACCCAGUACCUAUCUCAGGCCAAGAACAUCCUACCCAUUAGAUUCCCCUCUUACUUCUUCUUCUUCACCAUCUUUCUACAGUUUUGCAUUUUUCACAGUAGAGCAAAAUACAGUUCAUCUACUCCAAGUUACUCCGAUUUUUGUCACACCCUUUUCGUUAUCUUGGCUGUUUUCUCCGAAGAAGAGGAAAAAAAGGGUUCUUUGAGUUCACCCCAGAAAUGGGUGCUUUCUAGAUUCUAGAUUUCUUGUUCUUGAUCUUAUUUUCAUUGAUCAAUAGCCUGAAAAUUUUGAGUUAUUCAAUACACGUUUGGAUCUGUGUUAAUGUUAAAUCUUGUUGGAUCUAAGGUUGCUUUGUAAAGAAGUGUGAAUAGUUGAUGAGACACUCUGAAUAAGCAUAAAAAGAAUUUUUUUUCUUUUUUAAUUGAGGGGUUUUGUAAUUUAGCAAGGGUCAAGAGAUUAGGUUUAUCAUCAUGGAUCAUGUUAUUGGUGGAAAAUUCAAGCUUGGUAGGAAAAUUGGGAGUGGUUCGUUUGGACAGCUUUACUUGGGUGUUAAUGUACAAAGUGGAGAUGAAGUGGCUGUCAAGCUGGAGCCUGUGAAGACCAAGCAUCCUCAACUUCACUAUGAGUCAAAAUUGUAUAUGCUUCUUCAAGGGGGUACUGGGGUACCCCAUAUUAAAUGGUAUGGAGUUGAGGGCGACUACAAUGUCAUGGUUAUUGACCUUCUUGGACCAAGUCUUGAAGACUUAUUUAACUAUUGCAAUAGGAAAUUCUCUCUGAAAACAGUUCUGAUGCUAGCUGAUCAGCUAAUAAACAGAGUUGAGUACAUGCACUCCCGGGGCUUUCUGCACCGUGAUAUAAAGCCUGAUAACUUCUUAAUGGGUUUAGGACGUAAGGCAAAUCAGGUUUAUGUAAUUGAUUUUGGCCUUGCGAAAAAGUAUCGGGAUCUUCAAACCCACAAGCAUAUACCAUAUAGGGAAAACAAAAACCUCACUGGAACAGCUCGGUAUGCAAGUGUUAAUACUCAUUUGGGAGUUGAACAAAGCAGGAGAGAUGAUCUAGAAUCACUUGGUUAUGUGCUCAUGUACUUUUUGAGAGGAAGUCUCCCUUGGCAAGGCUUGAAAGCUGGCACUAAGAAGCAAAAAUAUGACAAGAUAAGUGAAAAGAAGAUGCUUACACCAAUAGAGGUCUUAUGCAAGUCAUAUCCAUUGGAAUUCACAUCAUACUUCCACUACUGCCGAUCAUUGCGGUUUGAAGAUAAGCCUGAUUAUUCAUAUCUUAAAAGACUCUUCAGGGACUUAUUCAUCCGAGAAGGCUAUCAGUUUGACUAUGUAUUUGAUUGGACUAUAUUGAAGUAUCCACAAAUUGGAUCUAGUUCUAAGGCUCGGCCCAGUGAGAAAGCAGUCAUAAACCCAGGAACAUCAGCAGAGAGAAAAGAACGGCCUUCAGGUGGGCAAGAGAUUCGGGAUCGAUUCUCAGGAGCAGUUGAGGCAUUUGCAAGGAGGAAUAGCUCUGGGCUUGGUCUGCAUAGUGAUCCUUCUAGGCAUAGGUCCUUAGUUGAUUUGCCAUCUUCCAAAGACGUGCAAGCUGAUUCUGAGAGGCCCCGUAGCUCUUCCCGCAACGGCAGUUCAUCCCGUAACGGAAGUUCUUCAAAAAGGCCGGUUCAAUCCAGCAGCCGACCAAGUUCUUCUGGUGAACCUAGUGAAAACCGUUCCAGUAGACUGGUCUCAAGCGGUAGCCGACUUUCUUCAACUCAGAGGACUCAACCUGGUUUUGAGUCCAAAACAUCUUUCACUCGCGCGUCAGGGACACGGGGUGGUCGUGAUGAUACACUCAGGAGCUUUGAACUCCUGUCAAUUGGCACAGGAACAGGAAAAAGGAAAUGAGGAACCGUGUGGUCUGAAGACUUCUUUGUGUGUGUCAAGGGUCUUAGUUCUGUUCCCACAACAUUCCUUUGACAUGCCCACACUUGUUCAUUACUCUGUAUAUUGUCCGUUCAAUGUUGGGUCCAUUCAUGGCUUAAAAGCUCAUUGAAAGUUCUUCAUGAAGCUUUGGCUGACUCCUCUUAUACCUCUUCAGAUGUUCUUCCAUGAAUAUUUCAGCAUGGACCCAUUCAUGAAGAGAUACUAUUACUUUAGGAAUUUGUUCAUAUAGUAAUAAUACAUUCUCCAUUUUUCUGCUGAAGGAAAGGGAAAGAAACUGUGAAAAUGCUCUGCAGUUGCACCCUUUAUAUGCAUAUUUCGUACCUGACUGUUUUCUUCUAAUGUACAUUGAGGAAACGGAAUUGCUGGCGCCCCUGUUAUGAAUUAGAAAACAGGGAUUGCUGUGCAUUUAGGCAGUUUUAUCUAUGAUGGUUGAUGUGUGUUAAAUCUA